GACACUGUGGCGCAUUGGACCGUUCCCGCUUCCGUCGUCGUCGUCGUCGUCGUCUAGCUACCUACACUACUUGACGGUACCUUACCUCCAUAGCUUAAGGUGAGGAAGGUAUCGCCCUCCACCACGAAUCAAAACAACACAGGACACUUCCACGGAGGCUUCUACCAAGGUACGAGCGAGCUUUCCACACAACUGGACUCUUUUUGAUACCUACUUUUCCCGACCUCCAUAACAGAUUGCCAGCAAUGACGACAUACUUCAAGCUAUCCGCCCAGGUGUCUGGCCACGAUUCAGACGUCAAGGCAGUCAGCUUUCCUUCUCCUCAAACACUACUCACUGCCUCUCGAGAUGGCAGUGUACGAGUCUGGCGUCAAACGUCUGGGCCCCCACCGACUUUCGAACCUUCAAUCUCAAGUCAAACGUCCGAAUUCGUCAACGCUGUCACAUACCUUCAACCCUCUGAAGCAUACCCAGAUGGACUGAUUGCCUCCGGUGGCAAGGAUACCAUAGUCGAAGUCAAACAACCCCAAGCUGCUCCGGGUGACAACGCCGAAAGACUUUUGAUUGGUCACUCCCAAAACGUGUGUACUCUGGAUGUGUCGCCCAAGGGAUCCUACCUUGUAUCAGGCGGGUGGGAUGCUCAGGCCAUCGUUUGGGAUAUCAACACUUGGGAGCCUAAGAUUCGCCUCAGUGGCCAUGAUAAGAGUGUGUGGGCUGUCCUUGCUCUCGACGAGGACACGGUAGUCACGGGUUGCGCCGAUACAAGCAUCCGCAUUUACAAGCUUCCCUCCGCCAUUGCCGGAGACGCCGAACCACAGUCAACUAUUCACACACCUGAGGUUAUUCGUGCUCUCGCAAAGGUUCCCAAGGGCCAUGCGAGUGGAGCUGAUAUCGCAAGUGCCAGCAACGAUGGCAUCAUCAGGCUGUGGAAGUUGAACGGGCAGCAAGUUGGGGAGCUAAUCGGCCACGAGAACUUCAUCUACGCUUUGACAAGUCUUCCCUCGGGUGAAUUAGUCAGCUCCGGAGAGGAUCGCACUGUACGGAUAUGGAAGGGAAACGAGUGCAUUCAGACCAUCACACACCCCGCCAUCUCAGUCUGGGCUGUCGCUGCGAACCAGGAGUCUGGCGACAUCAUUACAGGAGCCAGCGAUGGUAUUGUGCGUGUCUUUACUCGCAAUGCUGAGCGGGCAGCCAGUGCCGAUGCCAUCUCGGCGUUCGAGGAGUCGGUGAAGGCUUCAGCAAUUCCUCAGCAACAAUUACCAGACAUCAACAAGGAGAAGCUACCUGGUCCCGAGUUCCUUCAGUCUAGGUCGGGUACCAAGGACGGCCAGGUGCAGAUGAUCAACGAGGGCAAUGGCCUGAUCACUGCCCACCAAUGGUCCCAAGGUCAACAACAAUGGAUCAACAUUGGCACCGUGGUUGACUCCGCUGGAAGUAGCGGGAGGAAGACAGAGCACAAUGGCAAGUCUUAUGACUACGUUUUUGAUGUUGAUAUUGAGGACGGAAAGCCACCCUUGAAGCUGCCUUACAACCUGUCCCAAAAUCCUUACGACGCAGCGACAACGUUUCUCAAUGACAACGAGCUACCCCUGAGUUACCUGGACAACGUGGCCGGCUUCAUCACUCAGAACACCAAAGGUGCUACUCUAGGCCAGUCAGCACCCUCGGGUGGCGCUGAUCCUUACGGCACGGAGUCGAGAUAUCGCCCUGGCGAGUCCGAAACUGCAGCGCCUAAUCUGCUGCCGCACACCGAGUACCUCUUCAUCACGGCCGGCAAAUACGAUGCCAUGAUUAACAAAAUCCUCGCCAUCAACACGAACAUGAUUUCGUCCGGUCGCAAGGACGCUGCCCUGAAUCCCAACGAGCAAAGCAUACUUAAGGCUGUCAAGGAGGCCAUUGAAUCUUCGACGGCCGUUAGCCAACAAGGCAUCGAUCUCGCGGUCAAGAUCGUGACACACUGGCCUUAUGCCGAGCGCCUCGCUGGCUUGGAUCUGUUAAGAUGUGUUGCGCCGGCACCCCUUGCUGCUGACCUUGCACUUCCGGGUGCUUCUUUCCUCCAGAUUGUUGCGACGAGCGCUUUGGAGGCGACAGACGGUGCCGCGCCCAAUGAGAAUUCGGCUAUGAUGGCACUCCGUGCAUUUGCCAACAUAUUCAGCUCCCCUAAGGGUCGAGCGCUAGCCGCGAAGGAGGCUCCUCUUGCAGCGAGCGUUGUCGAGCGUGUGUUGGGCAUUUCUGGUGGUGCUGCGAUUGGUCCUUCCAAUCGCAAUGUCCUAGUUGCUGCGACUACUACUUUAAUUAACUACGCCGUGCUCGCCUUCAAGGAGAAGUCCAGGCAAGAGUCGAAACGUCUCAUCCAGGCCCUCGGAAAGAUACUGUCUACGCAAUCUGACUCGGAGGUUAUCUACCGAGCGCUUGUCGCGUUGGGAACGUUUGCUUCUACCAACAAGGCCGAGGUGAAGAGUCUUGGUGGCGAGGGUUGGAUCAAGGGGGCUAUUGACCGGAUUUCAGAGCCGCGGGUGAAGCAUGUGGGACAAGAAGCCCUCCAACAGCUAUGAACGGCGCAGGGGUGUAGUGGGAUUUAUGUGGGUUAAUGAGACUUGCGACAGGGUGACGGCUGUGAUGGUCCUGAGAGUGCGCGCCUGCUGGCGCUCCCGCGAAACGGGAGAAAGGGGCGAAACGUUGGGAGGGUUGCGGGCGUAAAUGGUUAGUUCGAAUAGAGAGUCAAAUAGCUGGCCAUCGUGGACCGCCAUCCAUAGAGUGAUGGAUUCCCCAAUAGACUAUGUGUCAU